AUGGACAUGCAGGAGGGCAGGGAGGGACCAGAAAACCCACCGAAGAACUACCGACGGAACGGGAAGUGGACCGUGUACAGCAGCUCCGGCCGCGGGGCCCCGCUCCAACCCAGAGAUCCCAACCAGGCCCUCUCCAAGAAGGCCCAGGCUAGGAGAGAUAAGGAGUACGAGCUAGGGACAAAGAUUCAGCGGAUGAUGAAACUCCUGAAGCUGAAGGAUGUAUUGCAACCCGCCGCCGGAGAAGAUGAGGUGAGCAGCGAGGUUUGGGCGGAGGGGGCGAUGGAGAGCGUGGAGAGCCUGAGGCAAGCGCUGGACGAGGGGGAGAAGGCUAAGCAGGAGCUAGUGCUCGACAACCUUAACCUGGUGGACAUCAUCGUCAAGAACUACGUGGGGACCUUCGCCUACGGCAGGUUCACGGAGAAGGACCUCACCCAGGACGCCACUGUUGGGCUCAUCCGAGCGGUGGAGAAAUUCGAUCCUGAGAAGGGCUUCUUCUUCGCCACGUACGGCCGGUGGUGGGUGCGCAAGUACCUCCACGAGGGUGUGCAGAACCAUAACCGAAUGGUCAGGAUCCCCAACAGCGCGGCGUACCGGAUCGCUAAGGUGAAGCGUGUCAGAGACGAGCUUGAGGGUGAGCUCGGACGGGCGCCGACGAAGCCGGAGAUAGCCUUGGAGACCGAUUUAACGGUGCAGCAAGUCGAGGCUUGCCUCGAGCAGGACUCGUUUCGCAUCGAACGGCUUGACGGUUACAUGGGCCACGGUUUCGGCAUGGCGGACACGGUGUUCGCAUCGCACUUCGGAGAGGGGUUUCUGUACGGGUCGGACAUGCUCACGCACCCAGGGGAGACGCCGGCUCCGACCGUGGAAGGGGAGAAGGUUAUCCAGUCGUCGCUGAGGGGUGACCUGUCUAGCGCGUUCGUGCGCCUGCUAGACGCGACGGAAAGGGAGUGCCUGGUGCUGCGGUACGGGCUCCACGAUGGAGUCACCAACUCGAUCGAACAAACGGCUGCCAUCAUGGAUUUCUGUGACCCUGAUGACGUGCGAAUAAUCACGACGCAGGCGAUGGCAAAGCUGAGGGAUGGCUGCCUUCCCGAGGAGCGCAAGAAGCUCAUGUCGUACCUGUCGGUCUACGAGCCGAGCACCCCCAGCUAUAGCAAGGGCAAGUACGACCCCAGCAAGAGCAGGCGCAACAAACGCCUUGCCACUGAUAGCAGGGCCAGCACUAGUGGCGCCAUCAGCAGCGGCAGCAGGGUCGGCGACGGGGGUGAUGAUUCAACCACCGCUAACGCUGCCGGUGCCGCCGUUGACCGCGGCGAUGCUAGGACCGCUACGGAGAGGGAAAGCAGCCGUCGGGUGGUUGGAGACUUCUCCAAGAUCGGAAAACCCGGCUGGAUGAAACCCAACGGUUACGAGUCGGGUUCCGCGGGCGCUGGCGGCGCCGGCGCCGGCAGCCGCUUCUUCCGGAGCAAGGAGGAGGAGCGCCGGAUGUGGGCCUCUCGCUUCUCGAAGAUGGAGCAGGAGCACGAGCGGGACGACCGCGCCCGCUCUCGCGGCGUCAGCGGCGGCCGAACGGUGAUGGGAUUCAACGAAGUCCGAGACGAGAGGGGCGAGAAGCAGCGGCGGGAGGAGGAGGAGCGCCAGUUGUGGGGGGGCGGGGAUAGGUCCGGCUAUCCGACGACCGGAACGGGCCGGAACACCGGCGACAAGCAGCAGCAGGACCGCGGGGUGGGUGUUAAUGGUAGCAGCAACGGCGGCGGCAGAGGCGUCGACAACUACAAGGGGGACGAGCGCCGGCCGUGGGACUUCUCGAAGCACGGGCAAGAGGAGCUGCAGCACGAGCUGACGCGGUACCUGAGGAAGCACCGCCUGGCGAAGAAGAACGCGGAGAAGGCGGCCGCCCUGAAGGCGGAGAACCCCGCCGCCGCCGCCCAAGCCGCCGGCGUCGCGGCCCGCACCACCAGAAGAAGAAAGCCUCCGCCACCCACGACGGCGGCUCCUCCGUCGGUGGUGGCGGUGGCGGGGACAAACAAUCCCGCCUCCUCCGGGAGAAGUACGGACGGGGCCAGGGCGGCGGCGAUGGCGGCGGCGGAGGCGGCGGCGGAGAGGCGAAGAAAACGAGCAAGCGCCACCGGCAGUGCCGCCGCCGCCGGCGGCAGCAGCAGCGGGAGCAGGACCACCAGGCUUAUGGGCCGCUACAGCAGCAGCGCCCUGGACCUUGCGCAGCAGGAGAGGGAGGAGCGGCGGCGAGAGCGGCAGGCGGCGGAGGAGGAGUGGGAGAGGGAGCAGGCCGUUCGGCCCCUCCCGGUGGGCAACGGGGCCGGGAGCGUGGUGAUCGGGGACCUCGAGCCGGUGGCGAACAGCCGCGAGGCCGACCAGCUGGAGCACCUGAGCCGCCUGCUCUGGGACGGCGAAGAGGAGCCGGCGGACUUCUCGCUGUCCUACGGGAAGAAGCCGAAGAGAGGGGGUCCGCUGGAGUAGCGUAGGUUGUGUACCAGUUAGCUGUGGUUGAGGCGUGGGAGAGACAGCACGCGCGACGCCCAUCGUGUAGAGAACAGCGGUGGUCACGGGCUGCCUUUGUGUCUCGAGAGGAGCUGCAAAGCAGCCUGUUAACAGCCGGCUGUCGUGGUGGUGGAGCUACCGAAGAUUGUGAUGAGACGCACAUUCCUUCUUCGGAAGGAGGCCCAUGCAUAUGGGGUCUGUUUGUGCCUCGACCCCAGGCUCCAAUUGGCCCCGCUCUUCUACACCUCUUAAUGUAUUUUUUCCAGGCAGUAGUUGUGUCGACGGUCCUGUCACGUUUUGGAGUGGGAUGGCUGAAGGCGAAAGGGGCGGUCAAGGUUUUGGAGAGGGGUGGACAACCGAAGGUGAAAGAGUUGGGAGGCAAGGUUAGAAAGGAGAUGCCGAAAAUGGCGGCCUCCGAUCGAUUUUUCUCCAAACCGACGCAGAGGUUGUCGUUUUGAGAAGGGGCAAAUAAUGGAAGGUCCAGGCAAUGCAGACAAAGUCGGAGGUUACCAGCACAUGUAUGGGUGUGACGGCGGCGCUACAGUCUCGGGAGCCGGCUGCUCAUGUCACGCACGGGGACUCAAAUCAACAUAUAGUGCAUUUUUUCGGGAGUUGUUAGCGAAUAUUGUCGAAGGGUAUUCAUUGACUGACAUGCCCUUGAAACUCGAGGGAGCGUUUUGUAGUUCGUUUCGACAAUGCUUUUCGCGCUGUUUUUUUUUUUUCGGGGGCGAUGGUAGCGCAAGGUGCAUGUGACAGACACAUUGGGAGCUUCGCUCUAGACGUUAAUAAAUAUUGCCGACUGCCGCUUUGCAACUGAAACGGUAUCCCCAUCCCUCAGUAUCUUGUGCUGGGGUUGGAGUUGAAAGGGUAGGUGGUCGGGGAGGGAUUAACCCAGGCGAUUACUACUUAGAUUCAGAAUGAGCCAAGUUGGGGGGGGGGGGGUCGAUCGUAGAUGGGUAGAGUAGAUGGCGGAUGAUUGUGGUUCAUUGGAUUGCUGCACGUACCGGUGCUGCUCCUGCUGCUGUGGUGUUUGUUCAUCUCCUUCCUCUGCUGGUUGAGCACCCAUCCUCCUCGUCGUGCGAACACAGUCUUUUUUUUGUUAUUCCUUUUGCAAGCACCUCAUGACGUGUGUGUGUAUUGUUUUUCGUGUUUUUUUCCGUUGUAUUUCCUCCGCGAUGCCAGUCAAGGCAGGCAGAGGCAGGCAGCAGGCGGUAAUAUGCGCGGUUGUAGAAGUACUUUGAUAGUAGUGGUCGCUUUGCCCGGGACCUACCUGGGGUUCCUGUUUUUCGCGGUGCCUUUUAUUUCGUCGUUUUGUUUGUUGUGGUUCUUGUUGCUUUGCUCGCCUGCGAUUGAUUGUCCCUGUUUCGCUACAAACAGCGAUCGGCAGCAGCAGUUUUGAAGAUGCAGUUUUGUUUUUUUUGUGGUCGAUUGAUGUAGAGGAGGCCGUAGGCUUGGAUAUAUCGGCCAUAUCGUGUGGGUGGGUAUUGGGAAAGCAUAGUCAUGCCCCAAAUCGUCAGAAUCGUUUUCUGCACACCUUUCAUGGGGCAUUAUUUACUUAGGAGUGGGGGGAUGGCAAGGCGCCUUUAGAAAAAAUAACAGGGGUG